AUGACCGAUCAAAUUUCAAGCUUUCCUUCCGCAGAUGAUGCUGUGACUCUGCCUAUCACCAGCCGCCAAAUUUUUCGUGCAAGACAGAAUCUUGGAGUGAAUCUUGGCGGAGUAUUUGUGCGUGAGAAGUGGAUCUUUCAUCUGACUUUUCCCGGCAACACUCUGUUCGAGCUCGAGGCUGUAGCUAAAAGCGUCAAUGACGUUGGAGUUGACCAAACCAGGCGCGCCAUGGAGAAAUACUGGAAAGAUUACAUCUCCAACGACGAUUGGAAAUGGAUGCAAGGCCAGGGUGUUACCGGAGUAAGAAUCCCUCUUGGGUAUUGGAAUAUCGGUGGUGGUAAGUUUGUGUCAGGUACCAAAUUCGAGAGCUUCUCCGAAAUAUACCGUAAUUCAUGGAACAUAUUGAAAUCACACUAUAUUGAGCCAGCCGCUGGGCACAAUAUUGCCAUUUGUGUUGACAUCCAUGCUUUGCCUGGCGGUGCUAAUGGUGAUGCUUCUAGUGGAGAGAAAAACGGCGGUAGUGCCGAUUUCUGGAGUAAUCAACAAUACCAAGAUUUAAUGGUCCAAGCAAUGCGCUUUGUUGCUCAGGAUUUGCUUUCAUAUGACAACAUAUCCUCCAUCUUGCUUGCAAACGAAGCUGUCUCGAUGGGCUCGAUUGACCCAGAGACAAAUUACUAUGUUAGGGCUAUUAAAGCGAUAAGAGAAAUCGACACUUCUAUUCCGAUAGUUAUUUCCGAUGCAUGGAGUGCAAAUCAAUAUGUUAAAUGGGUGCAACAACAACAGGGAGAGAAUAAUUGUGCCGGCUUGAUAAUUGAUGAGCACUGCUAUAGAUGCUUCUCACAAUCAGAUUUGGCCAAGAGUGCAGACCAAAUUACCAAUGACUUACAAUCUGAUCUCCUCUCUGGCCUCGACAACAAUGGCAGGGGCGUAGAUAUCAUGAUUGGAGAAUGGACAUGUGUACUUGAUGGUCAAACAUGGGCGCGCACAGGCUUAGAUCCAAACGAUUAUGGAAGUUCACGGAGGGCAGCUUAUGUCGCCAAGUUUGCUCAAACCCAAAUGGGUUUAUUUUUACAAAGAGCACCUGCCUCGAUCUAUUUCUGGACAUACAAGUUUGAAUCAGGAAAUGGAGGUGAAUGGGAUUUCAAGCAACAAUUGAAUAAGUCCUUCACUUUCCCAUCGGUUUCUGUUCCGACAGCAGGCUAUUUUGAUGUUUUGUUCAACCAACAUUACCAGGCACAUGUGGAUUAUUGGCAUAAAGCGAACCCAAACGAGAAUUAUGAGCACUACCGGUACGAAGAUGGCUUCAAAGCAGCAUGGAAUGAUUAUGAAACAUUCGCCAAGGCAGGGAGCAGAGUUGGACGGACUCAGGCUAUUAAAUCUGCCCGGUACAGGCAGCAUUUGAAGAGUAGAGGUGUGCUGAGAUUCUUGUGGGAGUGGGAUCAUGGCUACAAUCAAGCUCUCUCUGAGGUGACGAAAUACAUUUGA